CCUCAAUCUCUCUUUGCAGAUCAGCCUCGCUGUCUGAAGGCAGACAGAAACCCUACAACUUGCAAUUCCCCCGCAGUGAAUUAAUGAAUUUCCUACAGGAAUGUAGAUAAUAUACAAGCAAAAAGCAGCCAUUCUUCUCAGAAACAGUCUUGGGUGUAAUUGCAUUCUCUUGGACUGGGAGAUUGUAUUGGAUUUUAGAGGACAAGAGACGGAGUUUUAGAUUUUCGUUGCGAUAUUCGCUUUUUUGAUCUGGAGUCCCGGGCUGUAUAGAGAACGAGUUAGAUGUAGCAGAUACACUGAGGCUGAUCGAUCUGGCUUUAAUCAAUUCUGGGAAGUAAUUGCACUUGCGUGACUUCUAUCUUCUCAUCAACUGGAAAGUGGAACUGCUUGCAGUAUGAAAUCCAUGCACUGGGAUGGCUUCCACUGCUGAAGAGGCUGGUUUUAUCCAUGGGUGCUCUUUAUGGCAAUCAUUAAACACUGCUAAGUUAUAGUUUAAACAAGACAAUUAUUUUGGCUGUGGAAGACCAUAACCUACAAAUGUUAUUUUAGACAAUGUCUAGGCCAAAGGGAAUUAUAUGGCUACCUUUCUCUUUCACACCUUUCUCUGUGAUGGUGAAUGUAAACUUGAUUUUUUGGAUAACCACUCUGGCUGUGAGAUUUACUUCUAUCAAAUGCCAAGCACAGUAUUCAGUAAUAACAACACAUUAUGGAAAAUUGCGGGGUUUAAAAACACCCUUACCCAAUGAGAUCCUUGGUCCAGUGGAACAAUAUCUUGGAGUUCCUUACGCCUCUCCACCAACUGGGGAAAGAAGGUUCCAGCCUCCUGAGCCCCCUUCUUCAUGGACUGGCAUCAGAAAUGCCACUCAGUUUGCAGCCGUCUGUCCCCAGUACCUGGAAGACCGUUUUUUACUUAAUGACAUGUUGCCAGUCUGGUUUACAGCCAGUUUGGAUACUGUGGUAAACUAUGUGCAAGACCAAAAUGAAGACUGCCUUUACUUAAACAUCUAUGUCCCCACUGAAGAUGGAGCCAACACAAAGAAACAAGCAGAUGAUAUAACCAAUAAUGAUCGCGGUGAAGAUGAAGAUAUCCAUGAUGAAAAUGGCUUAAAGCCAGUCAUGGUGUACAUUCAUGGGGGGUCCUACAUGGAAGGCACUGGAAACAUGAUUGAUGGAAGCAUUCUUGCAAGUUAUGGAAAUGUCAUUGUGAUAACCCUGAACUACAGGCUUGGUGUUUUAGGUUUUCUAAGCACAGGUGACCAAGCUGCUAAAGGAAACUAUGGAUUGCUUGACCAAAUCCAGGCUCUGAGAUGGAUCAAAGAAAAUAUUCAAACUUUUAAAGGGGAUCCCAAGAGAGUAACAAUAUUUGGAUCUGGAGCUGGGGCGUCGUGUGUUAGUCUGCUGACACUGUCUCAUUAUUCCGAAGAUCUUUUCCAGAAAGCAAUAAUACAGAGUGGGACUGCAUUGUCAAGCUGGGCGGUUAACUAUCAGCCUGCCAAGUACACCAGGAUGUUGGCAGAAAAAGUUGGCUGCAACAUGCUAGAUACUAUUGAUUUGGUUGAAUGCCUCCGAAACAAGAACUACAAAGAACUCAUAGAGCAAUAUAUUACUCCAGCAAAAUACCACAUCGCCUUUGGGCCCGUCAUCGAUGGGGAUGUAAUACCAGAUGACCCACAGAUUUUAAUGGAGCAGGGGGAAUUCCUUAAUUAUGACAUCAUGCUUGGGGUGAACCAAGGAGAAGGAUUUAAAUUUGUUGAUGGCAUCGUGGACAGCGAGGACGGGGUGUCGGCGAAUGACUUUGAUUUUGCGGUGUCUGAUUUUGUGGAUCAUUUGUACGGCUAUCCAGAAGGAAAAGAUACCCUUCGGGAAACCAUCAAAUUCAUGUACACCGACUGGGCAGAUAAAGAAAACCCUGAAACACGCAGGAAGACUCUGGUCGCUUUGUUCACAGAUCACCAAUGGGUGGCUCCUGCAGUUGCUACAGCAGAUCUUCAUGCUCAGUAUGGCUCACCAACAUAUUUCUAUGCUUUUUAUCAUCAUUGUCAAAGCGACAUGAAGCCCAGUUGGGCUGAUUCAGCUCAUGGAGAUGAAGUUCCUUAUGUGUUUGGAAUCCCAAUGAUUGGGCCUACAGAUCUCUUCAACUGUAACUUCUCCAAGAAUGAUGUCAUGCUGAGUGCUGUGGUUAUGACCUACUGGACAAACUUUGCCAAAACUGGUGACCCGAACCAACCUGUUCCACAGGACACAAAAUUCAUCCACACAAAGCCAAACCGGUUUGAAGAGGUAGCAUGGUCCAAAUAUAAUCCAAAGGAUCAACUGUAUCUGCACAUCGGUCUGAAGCCAAGAGUUAGAGACCAUUACCGAGCCACAAAGGUAGCCUUCUGGUUGGAACUCGUGCCGCAUCUGCACAAUCUAAAUGAACUUUUUCAGUAUGUGUCAACCACCACUAAAGUACCUCCACAAGAUACGACUCCAUUUGCAUAUACUAAACGAAUUCAUGGAAAAGUAUGGCCCUCGACUACAAGGCAUCCUGGCAUGACCCAAGCCAACAACCCGAAACAAGCUAAGGAUACUCGGAAAGCAGAAGAGACCACAGUCAUCAUCGAGAACAAGCGUGAUUACUCAACAGAAUUAAGUGUCACCAUAGCUGUGGGGGCAUCUUUACUAUUUUUAAACAUCUUGGCUUUUGCAGCUUUGUACUACAAGAAGGACAAACGGCGCCACGAGACACACAGACGUCACAGCCCUCAGAGGAACACCACAAAUGACAUAGCACACAUUCAGAAUGAAGAGAUUAUGUCCUUGCAGAUGAAACAAUUGGAGCACGAACAUGAAUGUGAAUCUUUGCAGGCUCACGAUACUCUGAGACUCACUUGCCCGCCUGACUAUACCCUGACACUGAGAAGAUCGCCUGAUGACAUUCCGCUCAUGACACCUAACACCAUAACCAUGAUUCCAAACACUUUAGCUGGGAUGCAGCCCUUGCACACCUUCAACACCUUCAGUGUCGGUCAAAACAGUACCAACUUACCCCACGGCCAUUCCACCACUCGGGUAUAGUUCAAACAAGGUACUUGCUGGCUUUCAGCCAAAACUGUAAAACUAUAUAUAAACAAAUUAACUCAUCACAGAAGUUCAAAUAUUAUUUUGUUACAGCACCUUCUAUAAAUGAUUAGAGAUGAAUUUUAAAAACCUGUGAAAUGUGAAAAGUGAAUGUCACUCCUGAAACAUUGCGUUGGAUUUCUGCUUUCUAACAAAGGGAAUAAACUGAGCACCAGACUCAUUUGAUACUGUUCAGAUUACUGACAGAGACACAAAACUACACACAAAGUAGAUUUCUGUAUGUAGCAAGUGAUUACAAGGUGAUUAACUGCUUUGUAUGUGCCAUUCUCUGUAUGCCAAGGACAUCUAACAAGGGAUUCCCUCGUGAAAUAGUGAAGAUCAUUCACAGAGAGACGCCAAUGGAAUCUGAUUUAAAGAAAGGCCUAUGCAGUCAAAUGGUUUAGUUAUGUGCAAAGUGAAAAAUUGCCAGCCUGAAUUGUAUUUAAGAAACUUUAUAAAAAAAAAAAUAAUAAUAAUAAUAAUUAAAAAAAAAUGUAAAUAGUUGUGAGUAAAAAAAGAAGAAGAAAAAAGCUUUUAUUGUUGUUUUGAGUUUAAAUAUGGCUUUUAGGGAGCUUGUGCUUUCAGUUGUGAUGUGUGUAAAUAUAUUGGUCAGAUCAUCUUUUUAGUCAAAACAAUGGUUCUCUUUAUUGUGUUGAAAAAAAGUCAAACUUUGAAAUGUUGCUUAUUUGUUUGAAGACAUAUAUCCUACAGAUCAAACACAUUCUUUCAGUGUUAUAUGACCUUUCUUCUUUUCUGAUUACACUUGUCGCAUGUUUAAGUAUUGCUUACAACCUGCAUUUCAGGAAAGGCUUUGUUCCCUAUUAUAAACAAGAGGUAGAUCCUGAGGGAAUAAAUACAGUUUGUUAUCCAAGAUUAUGUACGAUGAGUACAGUAGAAGAAUUGAUUUAUAGGUAUUUAGUUGGCUUUAUACCUAAAAACCUUAUGUUUUUUUUUUUGUUUUUCAUGAUCCAUCAUGUGCUGCUUAGUAUAGUUUAAAAUAUAGGCCUUUUUAGCAACCUAAACACUGCCUCAGCUUAAACAGUAACCAGCAUCUUAAUGGACAUAAAAAAGGCAGUGGUUUUUGGCAACGACAUUAGUUAAAUAUGUUUGUACAAAAAUGUAUUUGUUAGGUAUUUCAAAUUGUCAUAUGCUAGCAAUAUGUAAAGUAUUGUGCCAGGCUUGUCAUAUUUUGGGUUUAAAAACAAGCUAGUGAAUGAGUUAAAGUGAACCAGGAAUCCAGAUAUUGAAUUAUGUAUCCACUUCACACAAAGUCUAUUGGAAGAUAACUGGAAUACAUUUGUAAAUUCAAACAAAGAUGCCCAAUUUGGCCUUAGAUCCUUUACCUGAAAAGGCAUGCAGGGUUUUAAUGUAGGAUAUUAAACUAUAUUGUUUAUCUUAUUAUUGUUUGCAUUGUUUGUGAUGAUAGAUGAUAUUUAUGGCUGGACCCGUGUAUACAAUUUUCAGCAGCAUUUUUAAUAAAAUAUCACAAUAUUUUCUAA